AUAUGGGGACAGUCUAGGGUUCUUAAAUUUCAACUUCGCCAUCUUUCCUGUAAGAAAGGUUAACUGCAAGUUUAAACCACAUCAAUGGCGAUGAGAUCUGUCGUGAGGCGUGUUCCCUUGAAUCGUAUGAUGGAAGGAGGUCGCAGAUUUCCUCGUUACUUCAGUGAUGGCAAGGGCAAGGUGUUGAGCGAGGAAGAAAAAGCAGCUGAAAACAUCUACAUAAAGAAAAUGGAGAAGGAGAGGAUGGAGAAACUGAAGCUUAAGGCGGAGAAAGAAAAAGCAGCUGCAGAGAAGGAGACAUCGGAGAAGAAAAACUGAAGAAAGCACCCGCAAAGGCUGAUGGAUUUAUAUACCUCCAAUACUUGCACCCUGAGCUCUUGCUUUCGUAGUACAAAUGAGAAAUAAAUUUAUAUUUUCUCAAUCACUCUUGAGGAGGGAAUAUGGUGUUUGUAUAGGUUACAAUGGAGGUAUUUGGUUGUCAGUUCAUCUGGAUAAUAACCUUGUUUUUUCCCCUUUCCUGAUAAUGCUGAUCUUUAUCCUUUGAAUAA